AUGGCUAAGAGUGCAGAAGUGAAGCUGGCGAUCUUUGGUCGAGCUGGCGUGGGCAAGUCAGCUCUUGUUGUACGCUUCCUGACCAAACGCUUCAUCUGGGAGUAUGACCCAACACUAGAGUCUACAUACCGUCACCAAGCUACCAUUGAUGAUGAGGUGGUUUCCAUGGAGAUACUAGACACAGCUGGGCAGGAGGAUGCCAUUCAGAAGGAAGGCCACGUUCGGUGGGGCGAAGGCUUCGUGCUGGUUUACGACAUCACGGACAGAGGCAGCUUUGAGGAAGUGCUGCCGCUGAAAAACUUGUUGGAUGAAGUGAAAAAACCCAAAAACGUCACCCUGAUCCUAGUGGGGAACAAAGCAGACUUGGAUCACUCCAGGCAGGUCAGCACUGAGGAAGGUGAAAAGCUGGCCACAGAACUAGCUUGUGCUUUUUAUGAGUGCUCUGCUUGCACGGGGGAGGGCAACAUUAUGGAGGCCUUCUACGAGCUCUGUCGCGAGGUGCGGCGGCGGAAGAUGGUCCAGGGCAAGACUCGGAGACGGAGCUCCACCACCCACGUCAAGCAGGCAAUUAAUAAGAUGCUCACCAAAAUCAGCAGCUAA